UGGCUUAAGAAGAAGGAAGGUUUGCAGACUAUUCGCUGUCAUUCUUGCCAUUCAAAUGCAGAAGGAAGCUGACAGGAGAAUUCCGUGGAUGCGGAAUUUGGUCUGUGUGCGCAACGCCGAAGGAUGCUGAUCCAAAGAGCAGUGAUCUCUGUUAUAACCAUGGGCAUAUUCAAAUUGAAGAAGACACACCUACCUAGCGUGUAUUACUUCGAUUUUAAGUCGUAUUUUGUAUUUUUGAUAAUGCCAAUUAUCAUCUUGUUUCAUGCAGAUUGAUUUUGAAUAGUACACUAUUAUUGCAACCAAUGCAACAGAUUUUCUGCGGCCGCAGUUAAUUAUUUCGUCGUAUGGGAAAGGAGCAUCUUAUUUGUCAUUAUCCUUGAUCUUCAUCACUAAGGCACCAUGCUGACCAGCAUCGCGGACGGGAUUCUGUGCUGUCUGACUGGGAAGGCUGCCAAUCUGGUGAUGCCCGUGGGGUCCUCCCAGCCCGCCGACGCCUUCGAGUUUGUCGAGGUGAAGCCCGGGAGAGUUCUGCGGGUUCGCCACAUCAUCCCCGAUCGACAGGCGCCGGCGGUGACCGAAGAGGACCCGGUUAAAGGGCCGGGGCAAGAGAUGGACGCGGGGAACUGCGGCGAGAGCGUCAGUGUGCACUGCAAGCGCAAGAUCACCGUCUACCGCAAUGGCCAGCUAGUGAUUGAGAACCUGGGUGACGUGCUGUACUCUGAGAUCCUCCAGUGCCAGGAUGGAGACCUGGAGCCGUGUAGCACCGUAGAGGUGGAGCUGGCCGACUACAAGGAGGUGCCCACCUCCCCUGAACCUAAACCAGUGCCUCCUGUGGUCGGGGAGCAGAAACCUGCGCCCCCUCCUCGCCGGCGCCGACGCAAGCCGAAGCGCGUGGUGACGAUCGACUCGGAGAGGGAGAUCUCCAGCUGCAAGGGGACACAUUCGGACGUGGCACUGUUUUUCGUGCACGGGGUGGGUGGCUCGCUGGACAUCUGGGGCAGCCAGCUGGACUUCUUCUCGCGGCUGGGAUACGAGGUCAUCGCCGCUGACCUUGCAGGCCACGGGGCCAGCACGGCCCCCCACAUCGCAGCGGCCUACACUUUCUAUGCCCUGGCCGAGGACAUGCGGGCGAUCUUCAAGAGAUAUGCCCGUAAACGCAACAUCCUUAUUGGGCAUUCCUAUGGGGUGUCAUUCUGUACCUUCCUGGCCCAUGAGUAUCCAGAUCAGGUUCACAAGGUGGUCAUGAUCAAUGGAGGGGGACCCACGGCAUUGGAGCCCAGCCUCUGCUCCAUCUUCCAGCUGCCUCCCUGUGUCCUGCACUGCCUUUCCCCCUGUCUGGCCUGGAGCUUCCUCAAGGCUGGUUUUGCCCGCCAGGGUGCCAAAGAGAAACAGCUGCUGAAGAAUGGCAACGCCUUCAAUGUGAACCCGUUCGUGCUGCGUGCCAUGAUGAGUGGGCAGUACUGGCCAGAGGGAGACGAGGUGUACCAUGCUGAGCUCACCGUGCCUAUCCUGCUGGUGCACGGCGUGCACGACAAGUUUGUACCAAUGGAUGAAGACCAGCGCAUGGCAGAGAUCCUUCUGUUUGCGUUCCUGAAAGUCAUCGAAGAGGGCAGUCACAUGGUGAUGAUGGAGUGCCCUGACACAGUCAACACCCUUCUGCAUGAGUUUUUCCUAUGGGAGCCAGACAUGUCCAAAAAGGAUGCCACGAAGACUGACCCUGUUCCUGCUAACGGCGUUGCCAUCCAGACCACAAACAAUCACACGGAUAAAUAACCAAUUAGGAGUCUAAUUUUACAUAAGCGGAACCGAUCUGAGGGCCUGUCUUUGGCAGGUAGCAUGUGAUCCGCGGGCUGAGGGCUGUUAAUUACCGGGCUGAAGGUUGUCGUGGGCAACUGAUGAGGCAACUGAUGCUUCAAGCUGGAGUGGGCAUUUGAGUGGGACAGUCGCUACGAGAAAAGAAAGGAUUGAAGUAACAGAAGAGGAAUCUGAUGCACAGAUGCUUGUUUCUGAUUCCCCUUUGACGGCUGUCUGUGCUCCAUCAUGUGCUGUUUGUGAUCAAAGGGUCCUCGGUUCCUGAGGAUGUCAUCUAUUCGUAAUUCUCUCAAGUACCACACUUGUUUGGUGAGAGGACUGUUAUGGAGCAGGGACCCUUAUGGAGCAGGGACUAUUAAACGUGUGGAUCUGAUUACCUAUCAUCCAUAAAUGAUAGUACUGUUGAUUGGUGUCCUCCUGUCAUCAGUUCACAGUGAAAUAAUGAUCUUAUAAAAGUUGGUCAAUAUUAUGGAUUCCCCACUGGGGGGGGGGAGCGGUAAUUAUCUUGGGAAAACUGGAACUGUCCAGACAUUGCUUUCCAAUAGGUGACUGUUUUUGUGUUAUGGAAGUUAGAUUGUCCAUGCUACCGUAUAUGGCAUUCCAGGGCGCAUAAGGCUCUCCUGGCAUCCACUAUGAAGUCAGUUAUAGACUAAAGUGUUGACUGGAUGGAAAUGCCUGUGGGAAAUGGAGUCAGGAUUGUUACGGCCAAUAUACACGCAAUAAGUUAACAUGUAAAGUACGUGGCGGGCGUAAUGCAGAUAUACACAACCACACUAAUCAGCUGAGAAAAUAGACCGUGCAAGUUUAACAGCCUCAUGAAAUGUCGUCAUGCCAAAGUAAAGUAAGGCUAAAACAUAACUUUGAGCAAACUAAGUAUCUGUCAGUUUAGACUCUGUAUCCGUCAAUCUUGUUGUACACUGUGCAUUAAAUCACGCUUGAAGUCUACGGUACAGGUUAGUGUUUGGAACGUAAUGAUUAAUCCACUAUGCAGCACCCGGAGUGGAGUAUUUUGCUUCAAGAACAUUUUGCUGUGUUGUCCGAUAUUAAGCAUUUAGUAGCCUAUGCUGUAUGUGUCUUCAUUAUGCAUUAUCUAAUCUUACCCGGACGAAGUUUCUGCACGAAUAGGCCUUGAAGAUAUUUUACAGUUUUACCGGCAACAAAUGUUGUCUGUCAAUAUAUCCCAAAAAAAAAAAACUCCCCCUUGAUCUGAGAAUAUAAUUUUAUUGGCAUUUAUUGACAGAAUUUGGACCAAGGUUUAAUGAUGGGCAGUCUGCCAAAUUGUUCCAAAACAAUGUUUUCAACACUGAUAUUCAACUUCUAAUAUUGCAAUAAUUAUGUUUUCUUCCUGUCUAUCACAUGGUGCAGGAGAGCAUUUAGCUCUGCUGCCCUCCAGUCAAUAUGUGUGCUUGCGGGUUUGAAGGUCCUUCAUGAUAAUAAGCUAAGGUUUUCAGGUGCUCAUUUGUGAAUGUAUCCGUGUCUCAUAAUGAGAGUGGCUGUCAUUAAUCUGUGAUUAAGAAAUAUGAAGCACAGUAACACAUUUAUCUGGUUCAGUCGCUCCAGCUUCUGCAGACUGUUUAUUGCAAUGCAUUAUUCUGGGAAAGGAUGCAAGUUGAUUAUGCAAUUUUGACAGUGAAAGAUUACCUAUGAACUGUAGACUGACUAAAAUAACUUGUUAUGUAUUGCACAUUUGUUUUACCCAGCUGUUUAAAGUUGUAUUCAGGUGGAUUGUCCAAAAUACCACAAAGUGCUACUGAUGCAGUGUCUGUUGAUGUAUUAUCUAAACUGAUCUGACAGCUAUAUGCACUGCAGUUCACACAAUCUCUGCUAAUAUGUGUACAACAUCUGUCAGUGCUCCUAUCCAGUGUGCUAUAAUUUGUGGUUCAAUUUCUGUAAAUCUCAUUAAAGCAUUUAUUCAUGGAUAUCAGAAGUCGUGCACUGCCUGAAUGUAAGUGCAAAUAUCCUAAUAUAUCAAUCUGAUAAAUUGAGUGUAUAAAUGUGCCUUUCCUGGCAUUAAAUAAAACAAAUGUUUGAAUUAUA